GCUCAUACUCGGCUUCCGGGUCCUCGCGCGCAGACCUGAUCAUAGAGAAGCCAGAGGAGACUUCCGCUUCCGAGUGCUCUAGGCGCUUCCCCGGUGCAGACGCAGUGCUGAGUCCACGGCUGCGGAACAAAGAGUGACGCCCGGAGCCGGAAUCAUGGCAGCGACGGAGCCCGGCUUGGAGGCUACUGGGAGCCCCUCGCCGAUGCCGCCGGAGAAACAGGAAGGAGCUGGCCCGAGCUCAGACCCUCAGCGAAACUCUGCGGGCUCCUCGACCACAGGGUUUUCACCGCCUGCCCUUGAGCCUUCCAGCCCCAACGCCGCGGUCCCCGAAGCGAUUCCUACACCCUCGGCGGCGGCUUCCGCGGCCCUUGAGUUGCCCCUCGAGCCCACACCCCUAGGCUCUGCUCCUCAGGCCGAAGCCGCAGCGCGCUCCCCGCCAGGCCCCGGCGGCUCCCGGCUGGGCCCCGAGACGUUCCGCCAGCGUUUUCGGCAGUUCCGCUACCAGGACGCGGCGGGUCCCCGGGAGGCGUUCCGGCAGCUGCGGGAGCUCUCUCGCCAGUGGCUUCGACCCGACAUCCGCACCAAGGAGCAGAUCGUGGAAAUGCUGGUGCAGGAGCAGCUACUCGCCAUCCUGCCCGAAGCGGCGCGGGCCCGUCGGCUCCGCCGCCGCACCGAUGUGCGCAUCACUGGCUGAGAAGCGGUUCUGUGGGCGGCCGGGCCCGGGCGCUCUCUGUGAAUUGGGGCCAGGGUCUCUGGGCCUGAGUCUGGCACCGCACUCCGUGUUAAUGAAAAACGAGUUUUGGCA